UAUUAUACGGAAUUUGAAUUAUACGGAUAUUAACAUGAUAUUUAAGUUUAAUUUAACAGUUUAAUAUAAUAUUUCUCUUUUAUUCAAUAUUAACAAAUUCAAUAUUAUUUCUUUGUUUUAUACGUUUAGUGUUCAAUUAUCUCGUAAUUCGAGAAAUCUCGUCUGUGGUCCGAUUAAAAAUCGAUUUAUCGAUAAAGAGAAAGUAUCGAUAAGAACUAUCGAAGAUACUUUUUGAGUCUGUUGAGAACUAACAAGUUUCUAGAACUAUUUUACAAAGUAUUUAGUGUAUUAACCUCGUUGUACCAAAACUGAUAAUUUUAACAUUUAAAUAAAUUUAGGGUAGUACGAACUGGUUGAAUUUGCAAUUUAACCUAUACCACUUAAGUAUACACGUUCAUGUAUAUGUAUAUCCUCUGAGUGACAAUAAAAGAAGAAAGUUCAACAAAACAUGUCAGACCCAAUUGAUUAUAUUGAUUUAACAGUGGAUCAACCUGAUCAACCUUUAAGAUUACGGAGUAAGGGUAUUAAAAAUAAUGCAAAAUCACGGAAACGUAAUUUCAAACAGCAUUCUGUACAGCUUCAAGAUUCUAUCAUAGAAAUACCAGUUGAAAAUACAUGUAAAGACGUCGAGCCAAUGGAAAUCAUAGAUCUAGACAAGAUUAAUAAUACAGAAGAAACUGGAGUAUGUUAUGUUAAUAAUUCUAAAGAAGAAAAGUUAAUUGUUUUGACUUGCCCCAUAUGCUAUGAACAGCUAUCUUCUAAAAUAAAACCUAUGUCCACUCCUUGUGGACAUAUAUAUUGCACACAAUGUUUAAAAUUAGCUCUACAUAAAAUUAAAAAGUGUCCAACAUGCCAAAAGACCAUUAAAUUACAAUCUUGUACCCGUUUAUACUUUUAAACAUAUCAGUUUUGGUUUUCAUAUUCAUUUUCCUUUUAUAUUUAUAUUAUUACGAGUAUAUAGUAUACAUUUUACAUAUUUUUUCUACAUAUAGAAAUACAUAUAUUUAAUAACACUUUA